UAACGUGCCUCUAAUCCAUUUUAAAGAACAAUUAUUUAUUUUUUCAUCCAGUAUACAUAUACCUACUCUACAUAAUUGCGAGAAAAAUACGUUCUACUUAACUAAAAAAUUGCUCGAUUAAAUUGUUAAAGAACUGGGUUAAGGGGUAGGUUCAGUGAACUUUUUACGGGAUGCGUGAACGCAAACACCUAAAUAUAUUGUGUGACUAAUACUAAUGUGCGAAUGGUGAAAUAUUUUAACUCUCCUGAAUUUCCUGUCGGUGCGAAUAUUUCAUUUUGUGUCUGGACGUGGCUUCAUUUAUACACACGCGAACUUUAUAUCGAGAGAACUUAGAAAAGGUUAUAUUAGUUAUAUGUUUGUUUUUAAACAAUGACUCGUGGUCCUACUAUUGUGCGAGUGGCUCCGGGCGUUGGUGGUAGUGGGAAAGGAAUCAAGUGCUGUUGCUGCAGAUGUUGCGAGUGCAUCAACUUCGGGUAUUUGACUUCACAGCACGGUGUUAUAAAACUAGCUCAAGCAAUGCUAGGCGGUCUGUGUCAAAGCUUGUUAGUGAAGUAUGGCCUUUCAGAAGCUAGCAGUAUGGGCUCCGCAUUCCAUGGAUUCCUCACCACCGCAUCAGCGUGUCUCCUCACGACUGCACUCCUGAUCACUUGCUAUGUGUUAUCGUCUAACUCACAGCAUCUAAUACGACAGUCUAUUUUUGAGACUAUAUUCAAUGCGGUGGCCUGCUUUAUGUAUUUGUCGGCAUCGUCGUACAUGGGCGUUGCUGUAAACAUUUACUUGUACCCACGGUAUGCUCUCGUCAAUAUGUACGCUGCAUACCCUGCGAUGACCGCUGUUUAUUAUAUCGGCGUGAUCGUUGGGAUUCUUCACGGUGUUGAUGCUUAUUUAUCGUAUAAAUAUCACAAGGGACUACGAUGAUAUUAAAUUAAUAUAAAUAUUUUGGUCGAUUGAUAGGUUCUAUUAAUUAAUUAAGUAAAGAAAGUUGCCUUUUUGAACUGGAACAGUAUGGGAAAGUCAGAAACCUAAGGGGUUACAAAGAAUCUGUCUUACGUCUUUUGACGUAAAUCAAAUUAACUUAUAUAGCGAGAGGUAAAUCAGAAAACUGGUGAUAACAAAAUAUGAGUAUGUAUUAAGUGGCAUAAUCGUUUAUCUUCAUCAACAAUUUAAUUAAAAGAUACCUU